GACCGGAAGGAGUUGCCGGCGCUUCCGGCGCACGGCGGCCCCGUGGUUGCCUCGGUGAUGUCGUGGGUUCAAGCUUCUGCUUUGGUCCGGGGUCUUGCUGAGGAGGGGGACGUGUUUGACGAGGAAGCGGACGAGUCGCUCUUGGUGCAGCGAGAAUGGCGGAGCCACAUGCAGAGACGAAUCAAAGAAGGUUAUAGAGAUGGAAUAGAUGCUGGCAAAGCAGUCACUCUUCAACAAGGCUUCAAUCAAGGUUAUAAGGAAGGUGCAGAAGUCAUCAUAAACUAUGGACAACUCAGAGGAACAUUAAGUGCUUUGCUUUCCUGGUGUCACCUUCAUGAUAAUAGUUCGGCUUUGAUCAGUAAAAUAAAUAAGCUUCUGGAUGCAGUUGGCCAGUGUGAAGAGUGUGUACUCAGACAUCUGAAAUCAAUCACUUCACAGCCCCAUGUUGUAGAUUUAUUGGACUCUAUUCAGGAUAUGGACCUUUGUCAUGUAGCUCCAGCUGAGGAAAAGAUUGAUGAAGCCAAAGACGAAAGACUCUGUGAAAAUAAUGCUGAGUUUAACAAAAACUGUAGCAAGAGUCUUACAAGGGUAGAUUCUUCAUCUUUAGAAUGUUGUAGUUCACAGGAGCAUGCACAUUCUGAAAACCCAAGCCUCACUUGGAUUUUAGAACAGACAGCCAGUUUGGUAAAACAGCUGGGAAUAUCAGUAGACAUCCUACAGCACCUCAAACAACUAUAAAAAUUAUCCUCACUUUAAUAAUGAAAAUAAUGUUCAGAACAUUUCUUAGAGCAUUUUGCUUCCUAACAAGCUAACCAAAAUUUGUACUGGUUUCUACUUCACUUGUAAGGUUAUCCUUCAAAGAAGUUUGAAAUGUCUUCAUAAUUAACACUAUUAAAUGUAAUAUAAGCCU